UCAGAGGUGACAAGCAAGAUGUCGGCUGGCGGUCGCUGUUGGGGGCAGGUGUGAGGAGCAUCUCCGUGACAGAAGCUCGGCGGAUUCAGCUGACACAGCCGAAUCGCGGAAAGGAGGUUGAGGCGGCGGCGGCGGCCGAUCGGGCAGGGCCGGGCGUGGGUGCCGAGGGAGCCCCGGCCUGGGACGUGAUUGUUGGGAGCGCGGGGGAGCGCGGAGUGCCAGUUGCCGGAGACCGGUAAUGCCCCGCCGCCCCCCGGGAAGCCGGGAAGCCGAGCACCGCGGGAUCCCUUCAUGCCGCCGACUGGUUUAGAGCCCUCCAGAAUGAACAGGAAGAAAGGAGAUAAGGGCUUUGAAAGCCCAAGGCCAUAUAAAUUAACCCAUCAGGUCGUCUGCAUCAACAACAUAAACUUCCAAAGAAAAUCUGUUGUGGGAUUUGUGGAACUGACUAUAUUUCCCACAGUUGCAAACUUAAAUAGAAUCAAGUUGAACAGCAAACAGUGUAGAAUAUACCGAGUAAGGAUCAAUGAUUUAGAAGCUGCUUUUAUUUAUAAUGAUCCAACCUUGGAAGUUUGUCACAAUGAAUCAAAACAGAGAAAUCUCAAUUAUUUUUCCAAUGCUUACGCAGCUGCAGUUAGCGCUGUGGAUCCUGAUGCAGGAAAUGGAGAACUUUGCAUUAAGGUUCCGUCCGAAUUAUGGAAACACGUUGAUGAAUUAAAGGUCCUAAAGAUACACAUCAAUUUUUCUUUGGAUCAGCCAAAAGGAGGUCUUCAUUUUGUGGUACCCAGUGUAGAGGGAAGUAUGGCAGAGAGAGGUGCUCAUGUUUUCUCUUGUGGGUAUCAAAAUUCCACAAGAUUUUGGUUCCCGUGUGUCGAUUCAUACUCUGAAUUAUGUACAUGGAAAUUAGAAUUUACGGUAGAUGCUGCAAUGGUGGCUGUUUCCAGUGGAGACUUGGUGGAGACAGUGUAUACCCAUGAUAUGAGGAAGAAGACCUUCCAUUACAUGCUUACCAUUCCAACAGCUGCAUCAAAUAUCUCCUUGGCCAUUGGACCUUUUGAAAUACUUGUAGAUCCAUAUAUGCAUGAGGUUACUCAUUUUUGUUUACCUCAACUUCUUCCAUUGCUUAAACAUACCACGUCAUAUCUUCAUGAAGUUUUUGAAUUUUAUGAAGAAAUUCUUACAUGUCGAUACCCAUAUUCCUGUUUUAAGACUGUAUUCAUUGAUGAGGCUUAUGUUGAAGUGGCAGCUUAUGCUUCCAUGAGCAUUUUUAGCACAAAUCUGUUACACAGUGCCAUGAUUAUAGAUGAGACACCUUUGACCAGAAGGUGUUUAGCCCAGUCCUUGGCCCAGCAGUUUUUUGGAUGUUUCAUAUCCAGAAUGUCUUGGUCUGAUGAAUGGGUUUUGAAGGGAAUUUCAGGCUAUAUUUAUGGUCUUUGGAUGAAAAAAACUUUUGGUGUUAAUGAAUAUCGCCAUUGGAUUAAAGAGGAGCUGGACAAAAUAGUGGCAUAUGAACUAAAAACCGGUGGCGUUUUAUUACAUCCCAUAUUUGGUGGAGGAAAAGAGAAGGAUAAUCCGGCAUCCCAUCUACACUUUUCCAUAAAGCAUCCACAUACGCUCUCCUGGGAGUACUACACUAUGUUUCAGUGUAAAGCUCACCUUGUGAUGAGAUUGAUUGAAAAUAGAAUCAGUAUGGAAUUUAUGUUACAAGUUUUCAAUAAACUGCUAAGUUUGGCCAGUACUGCUUCAUCUCAGAAGUUCCAGUCACAUAUGUGGAGUCAGAUGUUGGUUUCCACAUCUGGGUUUUUGAAAUCCAUCUCGAAUGUCUCUGGCAAAGACAUCCAGCCUUUAAUAAAGCAGUGGGUUACAUAUUUAUUUCAGUAUGCCAAAAUUCCUAUACAAUUCUUCAGAGACCAGAGCGGAGUGGUAAAAUUUUAUGGAAGUUUUGCUUUUAAUAGAAAACGAAAUGUCUUGGAAUUGGAAAUAAAACAAGAUUAUACAUCUCCUGGAACUCAGAAAUAUGUGGGACCACUUAAAGUGACAGUACAGGAGUUAGAUGGAUCCUUCAAUCAUACGUUGCAAAUUGAAGAAAACAGUCUUAAACAUGAUAUACCCUGCCAUUCCAAAAGCAGAAGGAAUAAGAAGAAAAAAAUUCCACUGAUGAAUGGAGAAGAAGUUGACAUGGAUCUUUCGGCAAUGGAUGCUGAUUCUCCUUUGCUGUGGAUAAGGAUAGACCCAGACAUGUCCGUAUUGAGGAAAGUAGAAUUUGAGCAAGCCGACUUUAUGUGGCAGUAUCAGCUCCGCUAUGAGAGGGAUGUUGUUGCACAGCAGGAGUCCAUUUUGGCCUUGGAAAAAUUCCCUACUCCAGCAUCUCGGCUUGCCCUUACUGACAUAUUAGAACAAGAGCAGUGUUUCUACCGAGUGAGAAUGUCAGCUUGCUUCUGCCUUGCAAAGAUUGCAAAUUCAAUGGUGAGCACAUGGACAGGACCACCAGCCAUGAAGUCACUCUUUACUAGGAUGUUUUGUUGUAAAACUUGUCCAAACAUUGUGAAAACAAACAACUUUAUGAGCUUUCAAAGUUACUUUCUACAGAAGACUAUGCCAGUUGCGAUGGCUUUAUUGAGAGAUGUUCAUAACCUUUGUCCUAAAGAAGUCUUAACAUUUAUCUUAGACUUAAUCAAGUACAAUGACAACAGAAAAAAUAAGUUUUCAGAUAACUAUUAUCGUGCAGAAAUGAUCGAUGCCCUUGCCAACUCUGUUACGCCUGCAGUCAGUGUGAAUAAUGAAGUUCGAACUUUGGAUAACUUAAAUCCGGAUGUGCGACUCAUUCUUGAAGAAAUCACUAGAUUUUUGAAUAUGGAAAAGCUUCUUCCGAGUUAUAGGCACACCAUCACUGUCAGUUGUUUGAGAGCCAUACGAGUGCUUCAGAAGAAUGGCCAUGUGCCAAGUGAUCCAGCUCUUUUUAAAUCUUAUGCAGAAUACGGCCACUUUGUGGACAUCAGGAUAGCAGCUUUGGAAGCGGUUGUCGAUUAUACUAAAGUGGACAGGAGUUAUGAAGAAUUGCAAUGGCUGCUUACUAUGAUUCAGAAUGACCCUGUACCCUAUGUAAGACAUAAGAUUCUAAACAUGUUAACUAAGAACCCACCAUUUACUAAGAAUAUGGAGUCUCCCUUAUGCAAUGAAGCAUUAGUAGAUCAACUUUGGAAACUUAUGAAUUCUGGUACUUCACAUGACUGGCGGUUACGGUGUGGUGCUGUGGACUUGUACUUCACACUUUUUGGCCUCAGUAGACCUUCCUGCUUACCCUUGCCAGAACUUGGCUUGGUCCUUAAUCUGAAAGAGAAAAAAGCUGUCUUGAAUCCAACCAUAAUUCCAGAGGCCAUAGCAGGCAACCAAGAAGCUGCGGUUAAUCCAAGUAGUCACACACAGCUGGUUGGAUUUCAGAACCCUGAAGAUGAUCACCUUGCCAAGGAAGCAUCAUGUAAUAUAUCAGCUCAUCAGCAGGGAGUGAAGAGGAAGGCUGAUACACCACUGGGGUCCCCACUAGAACCUGGUCAAAUACUGGAGAAGAAUGAGGAUAGCAGUAAAGUCAAACUCAAAAUCAGAUUUUCAAGUUCUCAAGACGAGGAGGAGAUUGAUAUGGAUACUGUUCAUGAUAGCCAGGCGUUCAUUUCCCAUCAUUUAAACAUGCUUGAAAGGCCAUCAACUCCAGGGCUCUCUAAAUAUCGGCCAGCCAGCUCCCGAUCUGCUUUAAUACCGCAGCACUCAUUAGGCUCUGAUGGCACACCCACCGCAAAACCCCAGUGGAAUAUGGAACUUGCACGGAAGGGAACAGGAAUUCAUUUGGGUGUUUUUAAUCUUGAAGGUAAAGAACAGUCAUCUUUGGAGAUGAGUAUGCAUCCAGUUGCAGCAGCUCCACUCUCAGUAUUUACUAAAGAAUCUACGUCCUCCAAACACAGUGACCACCAUCACCACCAUCACCAUGAGCACAAGAAAAAGAAGAAGAAGCACAAACAUAAGCAUAAACACAAGCAUAAGCAUGAUAGUAAAGAAAAGGACAAGGAGCCAUUCACUUUCUCCAGCCCCGCCAGUGGCAGGUCUGUUCGUUCUCCUUCUCUUUCAGACUGAGAAGGGGACAAAGGAGACCUUUUCCUCAGUGUCCAGAAGAAUGUACAUAACUAAAGUUUUGUCAACUGUAAAGAAUGAUAAAAGGGAAAACAAAUAGUUGCCUCUCAUAGAGAUUCAAGUUCUAAACAUUUGACUUACAUUAUUUAUACAAUUGAAAUCUAAUUAGGAAAAUGUGUUUUAUAGUUCUAAAUAAAUCAUUUCAUCCCAUUUCCUCCAUAAAACACACACACACAGACACACACACACACAGAGCAAACCCUUUCAUGAGGCCGUUGUAUCCACAGGCAGUCCCCAUUCACAUCAUGGUCUCCGUGUGUACUGCCAGAGUCAAUUAUGUUUUAAAGCCUUUGAUGGAUCUUAUGGGACAAAGUUAUGUUUUAAACAGAAGCUACUGCCAAAUCUGUGGUAAAACCACUAUUUCCAGUGAAAUAUUGUAUAACACCGCUUGAAACUACUGAAAGACAGAGGCUUUUCUAUAGGAAUCUUCUCUAUUGCAUGUUUUUUGUGUGUUCACCAUAGAAACGAAGCAUCAGAAUUUAUGAGCAAGAAUACAUAUUUUCUUUUGCCCUAAAAUACUGAAAUUUUCAGAAGCAGCUUAAAAGUGAAUAACUUUUUUGAUAGCACAUUUGGUGAUUAUGAUGUCGGAAUUUAACAGAACUAUCAAAUCCACAGUUUUUCUCAAAUCAAGAUAUUUAAAUUUUAAGUUCCUUUUUUCACUGAGUAUAAGUGAGUACGUUCAUAUGUAGAAUAUGUUUGCCAAAUGUGGACAAUUUGUACGCCCGAUACAUAUUCUAAAAUUAUUUCUCUUAGUAUGAUACCUUAAAAGGUGUUUAUUUACUGUUUACCAACUUGGACAUAGACAGUUUGGAUCUCAUGUGAGUAUACCAGAAGCAUUUAAAAAUACAUGAAACGUUUUGGUUUCAUACUUCAGUAGUUUGUAUGUUUGUGUGUUUUUAUUUUUAUUUCUAAAUUUACCAUGUGCUUUAUUGUUUGUUUGUUUAAAAAAUGUUAUUCCUACCUGUUCUGUUUUUAUCGUUUCCUUUAUCAUUAGAAAGUUUGACAGAAUACUUCUUCCCAGAGUAGAUGUUUCAAAGGGAUCCAAUAAUGUUGGACUUUUAAAUAUACUUGUUUAAUAAAUAAUUUUUUAAAUUGAU